AUGUCCUCAUCUAAGAGUGGACUGUCAGAUACAGUUGACCCCAUGGCCAUAGUUUUAGACGAUGAGAUUGUCCCAGACCCUGAGAUUUUUACCUCUGAUACUGAGAGUGACGAUGACGAUGAUUUCCAGCCUUUUGCUUUACCUGAAUUUGGCGACAUUGUACCGCAUGCUGAUGGUUUACCCGAUGAGGAUAUCUUUCUUGUUCCUAUUCCUGACCAGGACCAUCUCAUCCUCGGACAUCCCGACGAUGAGCAUGUCAUGGUUCCGAUCCUCGCCCCUUUUCCUCUUGCAGCUUUUCCUUUUGAGGAUUUUCCUUUUGAUGCCAUGUCUGAUGAUGAUGUCGAUCUUUUUAUUGAGGGUCUCCCUGACGAUGCCCAGGAUGAUGGAGUUCCAGUCGAUGAUGUCAUUGCUGUUCCACUUGUUGAGAUUCCUAUCAUUGAGAUUUCAUCUGAUCAUUCUGGUCCUGAUUCUUUUGAGUCUGUAUCAUCCACUACUUUGCAUGCACUGGGACUGCAGCGUUACCCCACUGAUUCCGAUUCUGACAUGGCUAUGUCUGCCGCACCGAUUCCUCCACAGGACUUCGAGUUUGAUGAUGAAUUUGAUCUUGACAUUGAUCCUGAGCAUGAGAUUGGCUUUGUUCCCGACGAUCAGCCUUUUGAUGCACCCGUUGAUCUCGAGCCGAUACCUGCUGAUCCUGAGCUGGCACCAGCCGACCCUGAGUCUAUGUUUACACCCGAGCCUAUACCUGCUCAUGAUCCUCUGCCUGAAAAUGACCCUGUACCUGUUGGCAUACCUGUUGUUGCACCACUUGUACCCGAUCCGAUCCCUGCAGCCGCUGACCAUGCUCCUUUUGCUGAUCAGAUAGAUCCCCAUUACGCAUUCACCCGUAAUGGGUGGAUAGAGGACGAUGACGAUAUGCCUCCAUUUGUUGAGCCUGUUACUCCCCCACAUGCACCUACACAUGCACCUGUUGACGUUGCCCCGUUUCACCCACAUGUGUCUGAUAUACACCGCACUGACUUGCCGAUCAUAUUCUUACAGGAUAUCCCUCCACCCCGUCCAGGGGAAGGUCCGUCCAGCCAGCAGCCUGGCCAUGUUCCACCUGUGUCAGCAGCUUUUCCCUUCAUGCCUCAGUUUUCACCUGCUGCUCAUUUUUCUUCUGCACCAUCAGGCGAGCCACUCAUAUGGUUUCCGCCCAACACUAUGCCAGUUUCUGAUCCAUACCAUCCCUCCUAUUUUAUUGGCUACACGAGGGAUGAGCUACUCCUGUCCUUGCAGCUUCAGCAGGAGAUUUUGUGUCGUAGAGUCAUGGAGUUAGAGAGGAUUCCACGUCCUCCACCUUGUACAUGUCAGUCACCUUUCGCGACUCCACCUGCUCCUCUUCUGCCAUACCCAGAUUUUGACGUCCGAUUUCUGACCAUGGAGCAGCAGAUUAGUUAUCUGUUGCGUCGUGUUCAUGCUCUUGAGAAGGAGUUAGUGCAUGUGCGAAGUUUGCUUUUCGUUCAUCCACCUCCUCCUCCUCCACCAUCAGCAUAG